AUGAUCGUUUCCCUCCGUACCCCUGGUCCAGUAGCAACCGUCUCUCGGAAGAUCUAUAGUUCAGAGGAAGAGGUUUGGAAACCAGAGAGAGAACUUCUGGUAGAAUUGCACAGAGUUGGAAAAAUAAUGGCGGAGAUACUAAGCCCUAAGGCUUCAAAGCAGAGACCUCCGACGGCGACGCGUCUACAAUCGCCAACUAGUCCCUUCUUUUUGGCCUCAAACAAUGAUGAACUCGAACGAGCUCAGUCACGGGCCGUCCGUGCCGCUGCCAUUAGACGCAAAGCAAUAGAUUCAAUUGCCGCUCCUCCUCCUACUCCGUCCGAUCCUUGUCUUAGCAAAGAUCAGAUCGUUGAGUUGUUCCAAAAUUGCAUUAAGCUUGCGAGUGAGAAUAAAAUAAACCAAAAGAACAGUUGGGAGCUGAAGCUUAUAGAUCAUCUGAGCGAGAUUAUUCAACCGGUGGAUGAUGCGGAGACAAAUUUUCUAAAGGCAAGUUGCACAUUGGAAGCUGGAGUGAAAAUAUACUCUGAGAGUGGAUUCAGUUCACUCAGAAGCAUAUAA